UGUUUCUUUCACAUCCUCUGCGACUGCGAUUCUAGGGUUUUUUUUUUUGUGUGUAAGCUUUCUCUGCGCUGCUCUAAAUCUUCAAACCUGCACAGCAAAUCGUCUAGUCAUGGGUCAUUCCAACGUCUGGAAUUCACACCCCAAGACCUAUGGCCCUGGUUCUCGUGCCUGCCGUGUGUGUGGAAAUCCCCAUGGGUUGAUCAGGAAGUAUGGGCUUAUGUGUUGCAGACAGUGCUUCCGUAGCAAUGCCAAGGAAAUUGGCUUCAUCAAGUAUCGCUGAAGGAUAAACACCUUUUGGACUAAAGGAGAGGACAAGAAUGAUUCAAGUAGUGGCUUUCUGUUUGAUGAAUUUUAAGAUAUUGUUUAUUUAGUUGAUGUGUUGUUGAACUUGGAUUUAUGGUAGACAACGGGUAUUUUGGAGUACUGUGAGAAUAUUGUUGGAAAUUCUCAUUUAUGGAUGAUUACCUUUCUUA